UCGAAUUAUCCUCGAAUGAGGUUUCAAUUAUCCUGCGUUAUACAUAUUUCGUUGCAGGCCAACUGGUACAGGGCGUCGCAGUAUUGCCGAUAUCACGGGAUGCAUCUGGCGAGUAUAGCGUCGCAGGAGGAAAACGACAGGCUCGAGAAACAUAUUAAGGACUUCGGCCUUGGACACGAGCACUUUUGGACCUCCGGUACCGAUCAGGCUGAGGAAGGCACUUUCUUCUGGAUGGCCAACGGUAGACCAAUUACGUUCGAAAAUUGGAAUGUCGGCGAGCCGAAUAAUUUCAGAUACGAGAACGGCGAGGAAGAGCACUGCCUCGAGCUAUGGAACAGAGACGGCAAGGGAUUAAAGUGGAACGACAGCCCGUGCAGCUUCGAGACGUUCUUCGUCUGCGAGGUGCAGUGAUCGAUCGAUCAAUCGGCCGACAGGAUCGACGGGAAACAGGAUCCGAGAGUCGUCGAUCCACCACGACUCGAUUCGCGAUAGAUCGACUUUAUAUCCAUCGAGUCAUCCUCGUCGACUCCGUUUUCCCGCCGGGGCCUCGAAACAAAAUGGAUACCUGACUUUCACCACAGCCGUGUGUGUUUCACCCUCCGCGUAAUCGAGCGUUUUAAACGCGAAGAAACGAUGGAGGAUCUCGAAAACGUAGAAGAAAUAGCGAAGCCACGACGAUUAAGUUUCAGAGCUGUUUCUACGAGGAUCUAUCGUUGAUCCUGUGCCUUGGAUUUUCUGUCACCGGAAGUUGUUAAGAACAGACAUGUCGUUAUUCUGUUGCUACCGCGAGGUCCACUUGUUCAACUUGCUCGUGGAACGUCGUUACGCCGAGUGGAUCGGCGGAUAAGAACUGACGAAAAGGAUCGAUCGAGAGACGUGUUGAUUAUUUUAACGAUCUGCUGUUGUUCUUGUAGAUAAUGCUACUUGCUUCUUAAAUCUAGGUAUUACCGCGUAAGGACCUGUAAUUUUUCAUUUAGUCGAUGUUGGAGUCGUUUGUCGUUAAGGUGAGCAAAACCUGUGUGUUUGGUUGAUAAGCUGAAGCUCGUGUGCUAUGUUUUUCUCAUUGUCGGAAGAAGAUAGAUCAAGAAGAGAACCGAAAGUUCAGUCAGAGAGUGAGGGAAUUUUGAAAUUUUGCAAAGUCAGUAGGACCGAUAGCUGUCCAAUGUGGAAAGGAUUUGCAAAAUUUUGCGUUCCUUCUCGCGAGAUGUGUUUCUUCUUUUUCUUCUGUUCUCGUUGUCAAACGAUCGUUGCGAAUGCAGAGAGGAGAAAUCAAAAGACUUUGAAGCGUGUGUGUGUCAAUUAACGACGUAUUCAACAGAGUAAUAUAAGAUACCUUCUAUUUUCUAAUUAAUAUCUGAAUUGAAUAACGAACACAUAGAGAAGUAAAUUGCGAAUCGAAAGUUUCGAACUGCGUCGUAAUUGGCGAUCGAUUCGAUGCUAGCCGUGAGCCAGGAUUCGCAUAAUCGGAAUUCUGCGCGAACUUCCGCACAAUUCUGCGAGUUUAUUAGGUUUCGUAGCGGGAAACAGCGUUGUAAAUGGCAUCAUUUGGCGAUACGCAAUAAAAUAUAAGUUGCACGUUAUUACCCUCCGAUAUUCCUCGAUCAUCCUUCGAAUGUCAAAAUAAAAUCAUUUUGACUCUGUUCACCUAAUAUAAUAAUUCCAUGAAAUAUGCAUAAUUUACGAGAAAAAUUCGAUUGUCCAUUUCGUGCUUCUAAUUAAUGCCAGAAUUAUUGAAUUUCGAAUCUUUCAUUUCCGGAAUUACCAGAAUUACACAGGUUACUCAAUUAAAUUAGGUUUUACUAAAAUGAAUUUUCUGAAUUAACUUAUGUGUAUAUUUGUCCAUAUAUUCUACUAUUAAUGAAACUGAGAAUAUUAAUACAAAUUUUUUAAAUGUUUUUUAUUACUAAAUUUUAUUUUUUUAUUACUAAAUUUUUCUGCCAGUCAAGUUUUCAUUCGAACUAUUAUUUAUUAUUACCAACGUACACGUUCGUAGCUGGUAAUCUUUCCACUUGCUUAAACUUGAAUGACGCUUCAAAGAGAGUAUGUGUGAAAGAGUAUUUAAUGGAAACUAUUAAUCGUAAAAUUUACUAUUAUGUGUAAUGCUUACAUAUACUUGUUAUUUCGAAUUAAGGAUUUUCAGACUCGUUUCCAAUUUCAUACUCUCCAUUUUUAACUCUUUUCUAUUUCACAAAACGAUACGGUUUUAUCAAUUCAUGUAUUUUCAACAAUUUACACCAAUUUUUACAUUACCAGUUACUUGUAAAUUAAUUCGACGAUUUCAAAUUCGUAUUUUCUUCUUCUCGAUUCUCAGGGAAACAUUUGUGAAGCUGUAAAAUAAUUCGAUAUACAACUUUAUCGAUCCGUAUAUAUCCAACUGUAUGUUAAAAGAUUAAACUUUUACACUGUCA